CGAAGCACCCGACGCAGCACGCAUCCCCCAUAGCCAGUGCUCCUCCUAGCUUGCUUGUUCCCCGGCGGCAGAGAAAGGCAGACAGAGGAUGUCGAAGUACGUGGAGCUGCUGGACAUGGGCGUGCGCAUCGCGGCCAGGUUCCACUCCCACUGCCCGCAGACGGCGCGCAUGUACUACAAGCCGCCGCAGUCCACCUCCACGUCGGGCGCCGCCGAGGACGCGCCGACGGAUCGGAGGACCGCCGGCUUUGACGGCGGCGAGGACGUGGCUGCUGGCUUCCGGCCCUUCGCCGCCUCGGGAGCUCUCGGCGCCGGCGUCCAGCCCCGGUUCGGCUUCGACACCGCGCAGGUCCUCAUCUACGAGGUCGUAUGAGUCGAGGGCUUGAAAUGAACAACGGCGACGAGUUCUUCGGGAGAAAGAUGAGAUCUCCUGGAUGAGAUUUUUUUUUUUUUUGCGGCCAAUGAGUUGAUUGAUUGUAGUUGUCUAUAACAUCAUUCUUUUGUUACUUUGUAACCGUGCUGGAAUUGAUCAAAUGCAGAAUUUUCGUUCUUGAUUGAUUGUA